AGGCACCUCCAAAAAUAAGUAACAAAAAGCUAUUUUGACAUUGAAAAUCCAUCUAAUUGGCGAUCUUAACAUCUGGAAGCAAGGUGCAGCCGGAAAAAUCGCCAGAAUCUUCAGAGGGGGUGCCAAAGUUUCUAAGAGUUGUAUCUUAGUCAGAUUUUUUGCCGGAAAAUUUUCCAGAAUCUUCCAAGUAGGUCCUGGAAUUGCUGUGCGCUGCGGGUAAUCAAGGAUGAGUAGUAAGGGGGAGGAUAUUGGAGGUUAUGGUGCUUCUAAGGCUAAGAAGGCUCGACUUCAAUCUAUGUUAAAUGCUCUUCUUGAUGAUCCAAUUCUCAGAGAUGUCCCUAAGGAUCCAACCCUUAAUGAUGUUGAUACCUUAAUAAGCUUGGAAAUGGGUAGUGCAAUGAAGAUAAUUGUUGUCAAAAUGGACAAUACCUCCUUUGAUGUUGCUGUUAUGAACACUGCAACUCUUAAGGAUUUGAAAUUGGCAAUUGUGAAGAAAACAAAUGAGAUGGAGCAAGGACAGAUGGGUCAUCGCCAUAUUUCCUGGAGACAUGUCUGGUCAAAUUUUUGCCUUUCUCAUCACAACGAGAAACUCCUUGAUGAUAACAGCAUUCUUCAUGAUUUUGGCGUUCGAAAUAACUCUCAAAUAAAUUUUGUUCCUUAUGUUUUGUCAAGGGAAUCGCAGAAGCACUCUCAAAGGAAAAAGCACAGAUUCUUUCAUGGUCUCAGCAAGCGGCAAUGACUUCCAUAUCUCUUGCCUUUGUUCCUUGGAAAGACUUCCAACACGAUCAAUGAUCGAUGAUCAUCCCAAAUGGAAUAUCAUUUACAGGAAGCUACAUUUUACAGAGAUCUUUUGUGAGAUGAUGUUCAAUAUCAUUGCAUGCGCUUCAAAAUGCAUGUCCACACCCAUGCUUGUUCAGGUGUAGGCUUCCUUGGGUGUCAAAAUAGUUUUAUUUACUUUUUGAGUCCAAUAUCUCAGUGCUCGUUCAUGUGUAUUCCUAAUUUCUUUGAAUUUAUAUUCAUUCCACCCCUUCAUGGAAGUGGAGGUGCAACAUACUGUCGCAGUGUGUGUUUUUGUUUCUUGCAUUAGGAAAGGAUUUCAGAGAGAAAUUUAGCCAAGGUAGGAAUCAGGCUCGUGCUUGAGUACUUAGCGGAUGACAUUUAGCAGUGAUGCAAUUUAAGUUUGAUUCUUACUGCUGAACUACCAAAAAAA